AUGAUUUAAAAUUCAACCACAACUCCUCCAAAUGAAGACUCAUUUCGAAAGCCAAUCAUUUAAAUCAUGACUCAAAUUAAUUCUUAAUAAAUGAGAGUACGUAAUCCAUCUUAAGAAAGUCAUAAACUAUAAAGUGACAGUCAUUAAUUUAAAAUUACUCAUCCAAAAUCACCUACAUUAACUUAGAUUAGUUUAUAAUUAGCAUCUGAUAGAAUAACUUCUAAUAAUCAAAAAGAUUUGCUUUUAAUUAAUGAAGAACCAAGUAAUAAAGAGGACUCACAAUAAUUAAGUGUGAUAAGAAAAUCAAAUGAUUAUGAAUAACUAUAUCACAAAUCUAAUUUCAAUAAAUCAAAUAUCCUUCAUCCAUCAUUAAGAUUAUUGUAUUUCUCAAAAUCAAACCUAAUUUCAAAACAAAUAUUAACUAAAUAGCAAUUUAAAAUCAUCCAUGACUUAUCUUCAGUAUAUAUCAUACCUUUAAAACGAUAAAUUCUAAAUCAAAUACAAUAAGAUUCUAUCAUAAAAUAAGUGAUCUACAGUGUGUAUAUUUGCUUUUUAAUCUUCUAUUUCACUAUAUUAUUAAUAGAAUUGGGAUGUAAUUAAUUAACAAUUUGUAAUUAUAAUAUUUUCCAUUAUUUAAUGGUUAUUUUUUAAUUACUUGAUUGUGCUUAUCAAAUUUUAAUUAAUAAAUUUUGUAUCGCUAAUAUGUUUGCAGAUGUAAUAACAAUAUUACCAUUUUUUGCAUAUUUAUUAGAUUUAGGAGAAUACUAGAAAAUAUUCUAUAUGUUUUAUUUAAUAAGAAUAUAUAAAAUAAUUGAUUACAUGUAAAAUUUGAAUUGUUAUAUAAAUUAAUAUGAUUAGCUUUUUGUUAUUUAAAUUUCAAUAUAAAUUCAUUUUAGUACAUUGAUUGCUUAAACAUUGGUAUAUAUGUUUGCAGAAUAACAAUAAGACUAUAUUAAUUACAUUCAAAAUAUUUUUGCUGUGUUAUUUUAGAAUCCUAAUAUAAUAAAACGUUAUUAUUUUAUUAUAUAUUUGAUUAGAACUCUCUUAUUGAUAUUCUAUGUGUACAAAAUUAAGUAGAUAAUAAAUUAUUAAACUAUUCCAUUAGAUUCAUAUAUCAAUUAUACUCCAAAGACUUUAAAGAAUAUAAUCAAUUAUUAAUAAAAAAAUAGAGUUGUCAAAUUUGAUAUGAGAUCUUUACCAUUACAUUUAUAAUAACAAAUGAAAAGAGAAAAAUACUUCAAAAUAUUAUAGAGUAUUCCAAUCUUUAAUUAAUCAUUUUCUAAUUAAACUAUUUUAAAUAUAUGUGAUAUUAUAGAGGAAGAUAUUUUAAAACCUAAUAAAGUAAUUAAGUAAAAAUAAUGUCUACAUUUUCUAUUAGAAGGAUAAAUUGGAAUUGUUUAAAAAUGUUAAUUGUCUUAAAAAGAAUUCAAAUUAACUAAAAUUUCAAAUACAUUUUAGAUUUUUAAUAAUAUCGCUUUUUUUAAGAAUUAAUUAUAAGGAAUAGAAUUUUAAAGUAUUGGAUAUUCUAAAAUAGCUAGUUUAGAUUAAAAUCAAUUUUAGUAAUUAAUUAGAUAAUGUCCUUAAGAAUUCUAAAAAUAUAGAAUGCUUAUUGAUACACUUUUAAUUGAAAAUCAAUAUCAUUUGAUAAAUAUUUAAUGUUUUAGUUGUUUUAAAUAACAUGAUAUAACUGAAUGUCCAGUUGUGAAUUAUAAGCCAAAUAAAACCUAAGUUAUUAAUAAUUAUAUCAUAAAUAAAGAUUAAAAUAGAGUUAUUGAUUUUAGAAGAGUAACUAUCUUUUAUUAUUUAAUUAGUAAGUACGCGUAAAAAAGAGAAAGUAUAUUGCUUAACCCAAAAUCCGAAUAUAGGAUCCUUCCGAAUCUUAAAAUUCUGAAGAAUAUGAUAAAGUUGAAUCAUAUUAAAAAGUAUUACCAUCUUCUAAUUCUUUACAAAGUUAAAACAAUAACAAUUUCAUAAAUUAAUUGGAAUUAAGUUCAGUUCCAUACAUAAAUUAUUCACAUAGUGGUUAAACUUUAUAAUCAAAGAGAAUGGAUUCUGAUAAUUUUAUAUCUUCAUAAGGAGUGAGUAGCAGUAUUAGCAGUAGAAAAAUCUUUAUUAAUGAAAUUAAAGAACCAAUAGGAUAAUCCAAAUUUUAAAAACUUGAUUAUACAGAAGAUUAAUAAGGAUCUUUAUUUAAUAAUAAUCAUCCUUUGUAAAGAGUUUAAGAUAGUGUAUUAUAAACUAAGAAAAGACUCAAUUAAAAUAGAUUAAAAAUGGAUGAUGUAUAGUAAUUGUAAAGAUAUCAAACUGAUAUUUAAUCGGAAAUUAAAAAUAGAGAUUAAAGAAAGAAUUAAACAAUGGUUACAAAUAAGAUUGAAUAAUUAGAUAAUUAUAAUAGAAGAAUAUCUAUAGAGAAUAAUUUUUUAGAAUUAUUUGAGAAAUUCAAUUCAUAUGAUGAUUAUUUUCCUCAUUAUAAUGUAGAUAAAUAAAUUAACAAUUAUCAAAAAAUGUAAUCUAUUAAAAAAGAUUAGAAUUGA